AGGAUGUAAACGGGAGAAGGGGCAAGUCGAGGCAGGCACGUCGGGGAGAGAGAGCCGGGGCCACGGACCCGGAGCAACCUGUUUGUGUGAUUUGGACUCAAGAACAGGAUGGUCGGACCAGACUUUAACUGCAGGGAGCUGAUGAGCUGGUGUGACCUCUGACCUCCAUCAUCAGGGUCAUCACCAUGGCCAAGACCCCAUCCCUGCUUGGUGGAGGCCUGGGCCUGGUUUUGGUAGAGUUUCAGUACGAGUACGAAGAUCGGGAUGGAACACUGGUCUCUAUUAAACCCAACGAGCGAUAUGUCCUGCUGGCUAAGACCAACAGCCACUGGUGGCAGGUCCGGAGUGACCACGUUUCUAAGCCUUUCUACAUUCCAGCAAAAUAUGUCAAGGAGCUGCCCACUGACUUACCUUUGCCCCUGGACUUUGCUGAUUCACACAUUACUGAGCCUGUACUGGUUCCUCUGGCUGUUCCAGUCCCUGUUCCUGUUCCAAAGACUCUGGAGGAGCCCACUGGAACCCGGAUCAAAGCAGGGGAUGAGAUGACAAUACGGCUUAGACCAGAUGGGCAGCGCAAGACUGAGAACCGUAUGUCAACAUUUGGUGUCCCUCUAGACUUUCACGACCUGUCCCAUCUAGCUCUGCCUGCACCACGGCACCCUGCCAACUCUCUUGCUGGUUCUGUGGACACCGGCACAGCACUAACAUGCAGGACUGCAAACAUGGCUGAUGCUGGGCUAAGUAAAAAGCAGCCAUGUCUGCCAGGGGUCCUAGACAACGGCAAGGACUCUGGGAAAGCCAGACUUCCCAAUUUCAGUGCUUCUAACCCGCAUUCGAUGCACCGGUCUCAGACCCAACCCAUCCCAGUGGUGGCCCCUGCUGCUCCUGUAGGACCAGUGUGCCCUGUAACCCUGGCAGCCCCUGUGAAACCAGCAGCUCCUGUUGUUUCAAAUGUAAAUGUGGAGAUGCACGACACAUCUGGAUCCAAGGGUUGCAAUGAGACCAUAUCCCCUGUUGGGCUAGAGGAGGAGGACUUGCUGGAAGAGAUGAGUGUGGAGGAAAGUGAUGAAGAGGAGGCACAUUCCCUGAAAGAUGAAGAUUCAACCCACAUCUAUGAAUCCAUUCAGGACCUGAACCUGGACCUGGAAGCUCUGGCUGGAGGACGAGGGAGUCCAGGAUUACCACCUGCACCGCCCCCCACAAAGAACCACAGCUCUCCAGGUCCAGUCGCUGCCAUCUAUGCCAACGUCUCCAGCCUGAAGAAAAGCUCGCUCCCUCAGCUCUCUGUCUCCAGCCCCAUCUCUCCACCUCCUCCACCUUCAGAGCCAGCACCUUCACCUCCACACCACAACCCCUCUUCCUCAGUGUCCUCCUCCAGCAUGAUGGGCCCCGCCUCCCCCCUGAGCCCACAGGAUGGGUGGCAGGUGCACACGGACCAGGACAGUGGGAAGAUGUUUUAUUACAAUCCUGGAACCAACCAAACCACCUGGUCCGACCCACACGGCCCCCCGGCACCUCCUGGAGAACCAGACCAGUGCGGGGGGGGGGGAGGCUCCUAUCUGUGCUCCACCUCCUCCCAGGGAUCCUGUGACUGGGAGCAGCUGGUGGAUGAAGUGUCAGGAAGAGUUUACUAUCACAACCGCAACACCAGAGACACAUCAUGGACUUCACCAGAGUCCCUCUCAGCAAACACCAAGCAGGAGCACAGCCCGCCGCCGCUGCCAGAGGAGGAUUAUCCUGUAGAUGGGCCCAGCGACAACGAUGCUGUCUUCACAAUGCAGCAUGUGGGUGUGAUUCCCAGACCACCUGCAGACCUGAAAGAAGGAAAGAGGCAGCUGCAGGAGGUCCCACAUUUGCCUCAAAGAUCGAUGGGAAAUGGCCUUUCUGAGGAGGGAACGCUACCACUGAAGAACUGGAGGCACAGUGUGGCUGAAGAUACGUUUGCUCUGGGCCACAGGCGAAACGUGUCCGACCUCACAGAGGUGACCAGAAGGCACUCCCCUGACAGCCCUCAGUUCUACGAUAGGCACAAACUGAAGAGGAACUUGUCUAAUCGGAGCACAGGCUUCCAUCAGGUACACGGCCAUCUGCUGGAGAAAGCAGGAAUAAUCAACAAGACCAAAGUAGCAGAUCACGGUAAAAAGAUGAGAAAGAACUGGGGCCAGUCCUGGACCGUUCUCCAUGGAGGGAUCCUCACCUUCCACAAAGAUCCUAAAUCUGCUCCAGCUGGGACUACUAUGAAGUCUUCACAGAUUGUUCCAGAAUACACUGUGGAGCUGAAGGGAGCUUCAGUCAGUUGGGCCUCAAAAGACAAGUCCUCCAAGAAGAACGUUCUUGAGCUGAAGACCCGUCAGGCCUGUGAGUACCUGUUGCAGUAUGACACCGAGAGCGUCAUCGCUGACUGGCACAGAGUGAUCCAGGAUGCCAUCAAACAGCUGGAAUAUGAUCAUCUUACAGAGGAUGAGGAUGAAGAGUUCUCGGAAAAAGAGGGCAGGAAGAAGACACCAAAUGCAGCUUCAUCAGGUUCAGCUGAUUCUGAGCAGAGACAGGUCCGGACCAAACUAAGACGAUUCCUGCAGCGCAGACCAACACUGCAGAAUGUUAAAGACAAAGGCUACAUCAGAGAUAACAUCUUUGGGUGUCACCUGGACACACUCUGUCAUAGAGAGAACACCACUGUCCCCAAAUUUGUGGAGAAGUGUAUCCGAUCAGUGGAGAGGAGAGGUCUGGAUGCUGAUGGGAUUUACAGAGUGAAUGGAAAUCUGGCCGUCAUCCAGAAGCUACGAUACAAAGUGGAUCGCGAGGAGCAGCUGGACCUGGAGGAUGGACAGUGGGAGGAGAUCCACGUGGUAACUGGAGCUCUGAAGCUUUUCCUGCGUGAACUUCCAGAACCGCUGUUUCCCUUCAGCUUCUUCGACAAGUUCAUCGCUGCCAUUCAGGUUGCAAACUACAACCUGAGAGUUUCCUACAUGAAGGACCUGGUUCGCUCUCUGCCUCUGCCAAACCACGACACCAUGGAGGUUCUCUUCAAACACCUGCGCAGGGUUAUUGAGCACAAGGACUCCAACAGAAUGUCGGUUCAAAGUGUGGCUAUUGUGUUCGGACCCACAUUGCUUCGGCCUGAGACCGAAUCUGCUGACAUGACUAUCCACAUGGUUUUCCAGAGCCAGAUAGUAGAGCUCAUACUCAAGGAGUUUCAGAACAUCUUCUCUCAGACGUAGGGGUAUGGAGAUACCGACGCUGCUCUGGAGCUCAGCACUUUCUGAGAACUGCCAAAACGCCUUCAUGCUGGACAUUUACAGGACGUUAACCUUUAGUACUGCACACUGGAGAUGUUUGGAACUUUGACAUCUCAAAUCACAGAACACAGAGACACAGUAGUGCAACACAACAGACCUGGACAUCCAGCUGACUGGGCCCCUCGAGUGCUGCUGUAUAUAGGUCUGAUCCUCCUGUUCUCCGUUUGAGCACUAGUCUUGAUCAGCGCCACUUAAGACCAGCUCCCUUACUUUUAAUCUAAACCCUGUUUUGUUGGUCAGUUCCUUUUUUAUUUUAGCCAGGAUUUUUAAAAUUACUGUUAAUCAAAUUACUGCAAAUUGUUAAAAAGACCAAAUAAUGAAAAUGUUUACAAGAAAAACUCAAUGGUGUGAAACAGUAACACCAGGAUGUGUUGCAUUCACUGAUGGCAGGAACAGAAGUCCUUUUGAGUUAGUUUAUGUCCAAGUGUUAACCAUAAGAUCAAAAUAGAGUGUUGCCCAUGUACAGUAUGAAACAAAAGGGACAGAUAUUUGAGUGUUUAUUCCCAAAGUGGACAUACUUUGAUCAUGCAUUGCUUCUAGAGCAUCGACCACAUUGGCUCCUGUCCAGAGCUAAGCUAGGCAAAUAGACGGAACAAAAUAAUAAUCUAAUGCAGUGUUUAUGUACGUUCCAUGUUUUGGAACGUCUUUGGGACUGUUUCCUGAUGGACUCCAUCUUGUUAAAAAUGGACCUGGAAUUUAACUCUACAUUCUACAUGAUGAAUUCUAGAAAUUAUAAUGAGUUUAUACGUAGUAUAGACACAGAACAACUAAGAUAACAAACAUCCUGUGUACAUAAGAAGGUAUUUUACUAUAAUAGAAAUAAAACUGUUCUAUAUAUGACAGUGUUGAGGUGCAAUUUGUUAUGCUUAACAAGAAAACCCAGACAAUCUAAAUCCCUAAUUCACUAAUGCACCUUUUUAUAAAGAACCUAUAAAGAUGUCUUUAUGGAAUCACUCCAGGCCUAGAAUUGUAGAAAUGAACGAUGUCACGAACAUCUGAGAUCUAUGCCUGCAAGGUUCACUCCAACUUGUUUGUGUGUGUGUUUGCAGCUGUUUAUUUUAGGACCAAUCAUCUAAAGGGAGGAGUGUGUGACACGUCAGGUGUUUGAAACAUGCCACGAAAAAACAAUGAAGUGCGUCUAAUGGACAGGAACUCGAAAUGUAGUCAGGACAUAUUCUGUCAACUUUUGCUUAGGAGAAUAGUAAAAAAAAUCUUAAUGAGUUGUGAUUUAAAUAUUUGAAUUAAAAUGUAUUGCCUGUUCAAGUGGGACUUGUUGGGUUUUCUAUAUAGUUGUUAGGUCUUUGUAAAGUGCCUUGAGCAGGCAGAGUGUUUUGUUUGGCUGACAUUAUAUCAGCACAAUGUUCAGAGUCCUACUGUUUUUGCAUCCCAGUCAAACAAGAAUCAAGAGAAUCCAAGACUUUCUAUCCUGUUUCUGUUGUUUUGUUCAGUGUUGUACUGCUGCUGCAAACAAAAGAAUUUCCCCAUUGUGGGAUUAAUAAAUACUUAUCAAAUA